UCUCAGAGUCCGGUGGCGAACGGACUGAAGGAGGUGGCUGACUAGAGGCGGGGGAGGGGGGUGGUGCGUGGGCGGAAGCGGAGAGGAAAUCCCUUCACCGAGACGGGCCGCCGGGACGUCCCCGCCUCCUCCGACGGCUGUCGGGUCGGGUCGGAGAAGGGUCACCGCCUCCAUUGAGAAGGGGGGGCGGAGCCCCGAGGCUCAGGCAAAACAUAAGAUGUCUUACCGUGUCCAGUGAAAUGUGGCAAAGCUUGCUGUAGGGCCGACACCGUCUUGAAUCUGCUUCUGUUUCUUCUUGGAAAGGAAAAGGAAAAACUCCAGGAUCAUGGAUUUCCCUGGACACUUUGAACAAAUCUUCCAGCAACUCAACUAUCAGAGACUUCACGGCCAGCUCUGUGAUUGUGUCAUCGUGGUGGGGAGCAGGCAUUUUAAAGCCCACCGCUCUGUGCUGGCAGCAUGCAGCACGCAUUUCCGAGCCCUGUUCUCAGUGGCAGAGGGAGAUCAGACUAUGAAUAUGAUCCAGCUGGACAGUGAGGUGGUGACAGCCGAAGCCUUUGCUGCUCUGAUUGACAUGAUGUAUACCUCCACCCUCAUGCUGGGGGAAAGCAAUGUUAUGGACGUCUUGUUGGCAGCCUCGCACCUGCACUUGAACUCUGUUGUGAAGGCAUGUAAGCAUUACCUGACCACAAGGACGCUGCCCAUGUCUCCCCCCAGUGAGCGAGUUCAGGAGCAGAGUGCCCGCAUGCAGCGUUCCUUCAUGCUGCAGCAGCUGGGCCUCAGCAUUGUAAGCUCAGCCCUCAGUUCCAGCCAGGGGGGCGAGGAGCAGCCAGCCCCCAUGAGCUCUUCGAUGCGCAGUAAUGUGGACCAGCGGACACCCUUCCCCAUGAGACGCCUUCAUAAACGUAAGCAGUCAGCAGAGGAGCGGGCCAGACAGCGCCUGCGCCCCAGCAUGGAUGAGUCUGCCAUUUCUGAUGUCACACCAGAGAAUGGGCCAUCUGGGGUUCAUUCCCGGGAGGAGUUCUUCUCACCAGAUUCUCUGAAAAUUGUGGAUAACCCGAAAGCUGAUGGCCUGACUGACACCCAGGAAGACAGUACCAUCAUGUAUGGCCAGUCUUUCAGUGCUCAAGAAGAUGCCCAGGUUCCCAGCCAAUCUGACAAUAGUGCCGGCAACAUGACGCAGUUGUCCAUGGCCUCGCGUGCGACUCAGGUCGAGGCUAGUUUUGAGCAGGAAGCCGCAACUGAGAAGAGUGGUUUUCAGUGCAAGAAUUCUGAGGUUGGCCUUAGUGAGAAGGACCACAUGAGAGUGGUGGUGAAAUCUGAGCCGCUCAGCUCUCCUGAGCCUCAGGAUGAAGUGAGUGAUGUCACCUCGCAGGCUGAGGGCAGCGAGUCUGUGGAAGUGGAAGGGGUUGUGGUCAGUGCCGAGAAGAUAGACCUCAGCCCUGAAAGCAGUGAUCGGAGUUUCUCAGACCCCCAGUCUAGCACCGACAGGGUAGGCGACAUCCAUAUUUUGGAAGUCGCAAAUAACCUAGAACAUAAAUCUUCUUUUAGCAUUUCCAGUUUCCUUAACAAGAGCAGAGGCAGUAACUUUAGCACAAAUCAGAACAGUGAUGACAAUAUCCCAAACACCACUAGUGACUGCAGGCUGGAGGCCGAAGCCCCUUAUUUGUUGAGUCCAGAGGCUGGGUCUGCGGGUGGGCCUUCCUCAGCUGCUGGCUCUCAUGUGGAGAACCCAUUCAGUGAGCCUGCAGACUCUCACUUUGCUAGGCCAAUGCAAGAAGUGAUGGGCCUGCCCUGUGUGCAGACGUCAGGCUACCAAGGAGAACAGUUCGGGGUGGAUUUUUCCAGGUCUGGCUUGGGUCUUCAUUCCUCUUUCUCCAGGGUAAUGAUGGGCUCCGCGAGAGGAGGAGCCAGCAACUUCCCAUACUACCGCCGCAUAGCUCCCAAAAUGCCAGUUGUAACUUCUGUCAGGAGUUCACAGAUCCCAGAAACCCCUGCCAGCUCCCAACUACUGAUGAACACAGCCACAUCCUCAUUUGAAAACAGCCAUCCUCCCCAGGCUGGCCCUCCACAGCUGACCAGGGCAUCCGCUGACGUCCUGUCCAAGUGCAAGAAGGCCUUAUCGGAGCACAACGUCUUGGUUGUAGAGGGAGCUCGCAAAUACGCCUGCAAGAUCUGCUGCAAGACUUUUCUGACCUUGACAGACUGUAAGAAGCACAUCCGUGUUCACACAGGUGAGAAACCCUACGCCUGCCUCAAGUGUGGCAAGCGGUUCAGUCAGUCCAGCCACCUGUACAAACACUCGAAGACUACCUGCCUGCGCUGGCAGAGCAGCAAUCUCCCUAGCACUCUGCUCUAGCCCUGCCUGCCAGGUGUAGACUGCAGCUAAACUCUCUCGGCUGGUGGCUGAUGCCAGUGGUCUCCAGGCUUCACGCAAACAGCGGCUCUUGCAAAUUUUGAUGAGUGAUAGUAAGUAGAGACCUACUGAAUUUAGCACUUGUGCUGCUGCAUUUCGAAGUGAAAUGCACUUUCAGAGAGGGACGCAAUCCCCAAAAGCAAGUUCCUCCUUAGGGUUUGAGUGAGGAAUAAGUUUGUGGCACACUGAAAAAUUAAAAAUUGAAGUGCAAAAAAAUUUUUUUAGCGAUUUUUGUAAAAUUCUGUGACGUAUUUAAUGACACUUCCUAUGCCCUCAGAUGGGAACAUUAUAUACCUGUACGGUGAAGCAAAAUGCACUUCCGUGUAGCCGGUGGCAGCUUUAUGCCUGUCCACCAGGAAGGCCCUUGGGGACAAGCCUGCCUGCCACACAUGCUUUAAAGUGAGCUCAUGAGCUAGUCCUAGGCCUCAGAAAGUACUGUAUUUUUUAUGUUUGCCUGAUUUGCAGUCACAGACACUGCACUUUAAUGGUGCUGACACUGGGUCCAGAGUGAACAUUCUCUGGACUAUUAGGUGUAUAUACUUUUGAAAACAUCACUUGUUGAAUAGAUGUUUUUACAAUUUUUCCUGGUUUUAAAAACAAAGUUGUAAAUGGAGACUGUACUUGUAGGGGGUGACAAGGCAUUGUUUCUGUAUGUGUUGUUUUAGCAGUAUUUUAACCAACUUCUACGUAUGUUACAGUUUCAUGUUUAAAAGUCUAAACAAGAGAUUGUGUUUUGUCUUUGUUGUGAUAUGUGUGGUUACAUUUUGUGGGGUCUUUCUCGGUGCUUUUACCCUUUGCUCCAUCAGGUCCAGCCUGACAUGUCACCAACUGUUUCUUCACACACUCAUCUGGCAUCUCUCCCAGGCCUACCUUCUCUUCAGCUUCAUACUAAUCAAAUAUGAUGUCAGCCUGCCUUCACUAUGAGUUGUUAUUGGUAAAUACCAUAGUAUAGAUCCUUUGUUUGCCCAGCCCAGUAAAAAAUGUCUAAUUUCUUUUUUUUUUUUAAAUUCAUGUGGCCAUGUUCAUGACUAUAAGGCGGCUGGACAGUUCAGAGCAUGGCAGUCACCAGGUAGUAACAGACUGUUCAGGGAAAUGUGGCACCACCAGCUAGGGCUUCUCUCAGGCCCCACUGCUUCAUUUCCUCAACGUCAACUUGCUUCUGGCCUUGUGUCAUCAGGGCUGUCAGUGCUACCUGUGUUCAGCUGGGCGCUAGUGCGUGUCUCUCCACGGGGACAGCACAGGUUCGGGUUUCUAGAGCUAAUUCAUGCAUGAACAGGAUUUCAUUUUGUAUACAGCUUUUUUAGACACACCAAACCAUUAUGCAUACGGAAACCCUUCAUUUCUUAUGUUUAGAAGGCUAAGUAUGUGUAGCUUAAAACAGAAAUUAGCAUAUGCUUUCUUCUCGUAAUCUAGUGUGUGAAAUUACACGUCUGUGGAUAAACUCAUAGUGUGCAUAGUUGGGCUUAGCAUCUUCUAUGAAUUGACUCCCAAGGAGGAAAGCCGAAGGGGAGCCUGAUUCCUCUCCUUUCUAACAGGUGUGGGAGAGACCAUGAUGAGUUAGGAAUCAGCUGUCAAAUUCAGUUGUGUAUGCAGUUAAUUGUUAGCAGUCAUGUUCUGACUUGACGUGAGCAAGUUCUGCAUCCACCCCUGUGUGUGGUGUGGAACCAGUGUCUUGUGAGAUUGCCCUUGGAGGCAGGUGCGUCAGCAUGGAGAACAAGAGUGGCCCUGUUUAUGCUCGGGCAGAGGAAUGCACUAGGCCAGAAGAGCAGCGGCAGCCCUCCUUCCCUUUGGUUUGGAGGAGGCAGUGCCUGGAGACUAAUCCUUCACCUCAGCUCAGGCUUUUGGGGCCCCUCUGAGAUAGUGGCUGGAACCUAGAAUCUCUCAUCUACCUCUUAGUCUAUCAGUUUCUGUGUGUGAGAAGCAAGCUUAUAGGCCAGUGUCCCCCGUUACAUGCUGUAGCACUUAAAAAAUAACUCAGAGGAAACCAGCCCCAAGGUUCCUGCGAUCUGUAGUUCCUACCUGAAAUAUGGCUAAUAUUGGGUUCCUGGAUUUGGAUUGGUUAGCCUUAAUUGUAGCUUGGCAUAAUUUCUGGUGACCAAAUCAUAAGGUUCUAUCAGGGCACCCAUGUCAGUGGUGCUGUGCUCAAAAUUUGAGAUUUUGAAAUAAAACAUGUCACAUUUA